AUGCGGUCGCUGUUAGGUGGCACAUUCUUCAAAGCAGACAUCGAGUGCAACCUAGUUAGCGCAUGGCUCAGCCCUGCAUUCGCAGUGAUCAAUCCUAUCCUAGAAGAGGGAAGUUUCGUCCAGCUUGCUACAGCUCUAGAAAGACGACAGCCAAAGCUGACACCGCUUUGGCUCGGUGCUCUCAUGACAGGGUUGGCGAGAUCUGGGUUGCGCGAUAUUCGGAAUGGACUGACAGCGAUUGAUCUCACGCAGCUGCGUGGACGGGGAACUACAAACUGCUUCAUUACUCCGAAGCCUGGUGUAGCUUAG